AUGAGCCCCGAGCUCCGGCGCCAACACAGUGAGUCGGGCGUCUACCGCUGCUCCGAGGCCGGAUGCCACCGCGAGUUCAACCGCAAGUACACGCUCGCCGAGCACGUCAAGACCCACACGGACGAGCGUCCGCACAUUUGCCCCGUGCCCACCUGCGCCAAGCGCUUCAGUACCUCGGGCAACCUCUCGCGCCACAAGCGCCUGCAUGGCUACAUCGAGCCGCUCAAGUGCCCCGUGCAAGGUUGCAUCUGCACCUUCCCGAGCAACAACAAGCUGGAGAAGCACAUGAAGUUUCACAACGGCGGCGCGGUCAAGGUGUGUCUGGUGCCGGGCUGCGGCAAGACCUUCAGCACGACGGGCAACCUGAACCGCCACCUGAAACACCAGCACCCG